UAAGGAUUUGCCGCCCUUGGGAAUCGUGGUGUUUCACUACUUAGAGGGACGUGUGAAUCACAAAAAGAAAAUUCGGCGACUCGCUUUUGACAGACCUGUUGAGUUAUCCCGAGGAUAUUUCAACCAGCCACUUACGACGGCCACCAUGAGCAGGGAAGAGCAGACCAACCGCUUGCUGAACGCACAAUUUGAGUGUCACAAGCAACUUAUAUCCGUUCCUUAUCCCAGGCGCGGAGAGUAUUGUAACAGGACCUGGGAUAACAUCAUGUGUUGGAUGGAGACUCCAGUAGGAACGGUUGCCAAGCAACAUUGCCCUUCCUACGUGUCGGGUUUUGACACCACAGAAUUCGCCACCCGGGAAUGCCUUGCAGACGGGACGUGGUACGUCCACCCAGAACACAAUGGUAGCUGGACAAACUAUUCCGCCUGUAAAAAGGAGACCUAUCUGCAAUCAGUGCCUAGGGGAACUGUGCCUCCACUAGUGGCACACCAUUUGCCUUACAUCCGGCUGCUGUCCAACGUGGGUUACGGGGUGUCGCUGGGGGCUCUGAUCCUGGCCGUUAUUAUCAUGCUUCUCUGUCGACGUUUACGUAGUAAGAGCAAUGUUCUCCACGUAAACUUGUUCCUGGCGUUUAUACUGCGUGCGGGAACGUGCCUUCUGAGGGAGACGCUCUUGGUACAGGGACUCGCCUUGCCCGGAGAUUUUCAGAGGCUGGACAACGGGGAACUUAAAUUCAUAGAGGAGGGCACUCACUGGGAGUGUAAACUUCUGUUCACCGUCUUUCACUACAGCCUGGGUACAAGCUAUAUGUGGAUAUUUGCUGAAGGUAUCUACCUUCACAUGCUCGUGUACAAUACCUUGUGGACUGAACGGCACGGCGUGAAACCCUACAUCGUGUUUGGUUGGGCUUCUCCGCUGCUGUUUCUUUGCCCGUGGGUCGUGGUUCGCGCCUUGUGUGACAAUGCCUUAUGUUGGAACACUCAUCCCACGCCGGAAUUCUAUUGGAUAAUGAAGGGACCAAUUGUUGCCUCAAUCGUGAUAAAUUUUGUCUUUUUUAUGGACAUUGUGAGAAUUUUGACGAUUCGGGCCUCGCGACGCCAAGACGAAAACAGAUACAGGAAGUUGGCCAAAUUUACACUGGUAUUAAUCCCUCUAUUCGGCGUCAUGUACAUCAUAUUCGUGGCUUUCCCGCCGGACCUUCCAGAAGAAACGGAAACACCAUACCUUUACGCAGAAAUGUUUAUUAACUCCUUCCAGGGCUUUCUGUUGGCACUGCUGUUCUGCUUUCUAAACGAAGAGGUCCAUCUCGAGCUGAAGAAGAUUUGGACGCGCCACAAGAUGAGACGGCGGGAUAGCUACCUUCUCACGAGAUCCUUCGUUGUUUCUUCGACUGUGCACGCGUCUAGCCGCCGAAAGGGAUCCGCCUUACGUCAGGGCUACGAUACCGACUCGAUCGGCAACCACCACGCCACGGUAAUCGUCAAGGGAGAUAAGCCAUCAUCACAUUUGCCGGGCAAGCCCAGAGAUCAGCAUUACGAGAUGAAGACAGUGUGUAAUGGAAAAGCUCAGAAGGGUCGACGAAAGGUGUAUUCGUUUAGCAGGCGAGACCAAGGUUCUAACGGAUUAUCUCCCCUCCAUUCAGAUCGCUCGCAGAGUGACGACUCAAAACACAAACCGGAAGCUGUGUGACUGGUUUACAUUUAUCAUAUUUAUACUGUUGAAUGGAGUUUUUUAUCUGGCCGAAUGGUUAACAAUUUAAAAGCGUCUGUGAUUUGUGACAUAGUGAAUAUUGCGUGAAUAUAGUAGGAUUUCGAGAAUUAUGAAAUAUGACACAAAGCCACAAGUGAAUUUAUACACACAGGAAAGCGACGGAUUUGAUUUU